AUGCUGCUUGGAGACUUCAACUUUCACAUUGACAACCCCACCUGCAAACAAGCAUCUGAUUUCCUGGAUCUGCUCGACACCCUAAAUCUCACCCAGCAUGUGCACUCCCCCACCCACUCCCAUGGCCACACCCUCGACCUUGUCUGCUCCACCGGCAUCUCCAUCCACCAUCUCUCCACCACCAACCUCUAUAUAUCUGAUCACCUGGCUGUCACUUUCAACGUCAACCCCCCCACCACCCCCCCCCCCCACCCCCCCACCCCCCCUCUGCCUCACAGUGAAAAACGACAAAUUACCUUCAGAAACCUCAAAUCCAUCUCACCACAGGACCUCUCCGCUUCCCUAUCUACCACCCUCACUGCAUCCCCUCCCUCACCAUCUGCUAAACUUCCUGACCUAAUCAACUACUACAACAACACUCUAUCCUCCUGCCUGGACCAGCUCGCACCUCUCAAAACAAAAACAGUUUCAUUCAGACACUCUGCCCCCUGGUAUACUUCAGAACUACACAAAAUGAAAUCCCAUAAACGCCAACUGGAACGUCUAUACCGCAAAACCGGCCUCACUGUCCAUCUCCAAACCUACACCGACCACCUCCACCUAUACAGAACAGCCCUCAAAUCCGCCCGCUCAUCCUAUUACUCCAACCUCAUCAACUCCGGCUCCAAUAACCAAAAGGUUCUUUUCUCCACCGUCAAAAAACUGCUCCACCCCAUAGACAAUACCUCCAUCACCUUCACCCCGGAAAAAUGCAACUCAUUCCUCUCCUCUUUUUAA